GCAGUUUUUCACCGGUCAUGGAGGUUUGGAGCUGUUCGGCAUCUGAGGAGGAGGAAGAAGACAGGAGCACUUCCAGUCUUGUGGAUGAAGUGGUGGAGGAGAAGACAUUCCUCAACAGCAAUAACAAUAAUAAUAACAACAACAACAGUGACAGCCUUUGCAGGGAGGUAACACAAGUGCUGUGCUCAGACAGAGUGGGCCAGGUCACCAAGACAUAUCAUGACAUUAAGGCAGUCACCCACCUGCUGGAGGAGAAAGAGCGGGAUCUUGAGUUAGCAGCACGGAUUGGUCAGUCUCUCCUGAAGCAAAACCAAGAACUUACAGCGCGGAAUGAAAUGCUAGAUGAACAGCUUGAAAUUGCAAAGGAAGAGAUUGCUCAGCUUCGUCAUGAACUUACUAUGAGAGACGACCUCCUCCAGUUCUAUGCAAGCACUGAGGAGAUAGAGAACGCUGAAUCCCAUUCACCAAUAAAAAGGAAUGAAUCCUGCAGUUCUCUCAGCAACUUUGUCCACUACGACUUCCUGCAGCAGAAACUGAAAGGUUUAGAGGACGAGAACCGCAAACUGCGAACAGAGGCCAACGAUCUCACGACAGAGACGACAAACUACGAGGAGCAAGAACAGGAGCUGAUGAUGGUGUGUGUGGAGGAGCUCUCAUCUGUCAACAAGCAGGUAGUGGACCUGUCAGAGGAGCUGGCGCGGAAGGUAGAGGACACUGUCCGACAGCAAGAGGAGAUCAGUUCACUGCUCGCUCAGAUCGUUGACCUGCAGGCCCGCUGCAAAGGGGUCACCCAUGAGAACGAGGACCUGAACCAACACCUGAGUGCCUCCCGAGAGGGCCAGCUUAAUCUGAAAUCAGAGCUCAAGGACUUGCAGGACAAGUACUCUGAGUGUGAGGACAUGCUCCAUGAGGCCCGAGAGGACAUUAAAAACCUGCGAAAUAAGAGCGUGCCUAAUAGCACAGUGCAGCGGUACACUGCGCUGGCUUCUGUGCUCCCCAUGGACUGUCUGGCUGCAGAGAUCGAAGGCACCUUCCGUAAAGGCCUUGACACACCGCCUUCCUCAGAGUACAAGAACCACCCGUGGCGUGUGUUUGAAACCGUGAAGGUAGCCAACAAGGUCGGGAGGCUGCGGUCUCUGUGCCACUCCCCGGGGCUGCCAGGCUCCAGCCCGGUGUCCAUGCGCUCCAGUUGUACCAGCACACCCCGAACCAGCUACUAUGGCUCCGAUAAUGUCAGCUUUACUCUGGAGGACCGGCCCAGCUCCAGUCAAGCUCAGAAAGAAGACAACAGUGUCAGUGGGCCAAAGCGUCUGGGCCAGCCAGGCACACCAGGAGGCCAGGACCUGGAAGCCGCCUUGCGCAGCCUUUCAGACCGCCAGCAGAACCACUCUUCUGAGCGGCCUUUUUUCGACGUGGAGCGUGAGCGUAAACUCCGUGCCUUGGCAGCAAACUGCGAGGAGGGCGAGUGCUCCAGUGGCUUCCUGACACCUAAUGACAGUCUGGACUCCAGCCCCGCAGCAUCAACGGGCACCAACUACUCCAAUGGCAGCUCGCGGCACUCCUGCGGCUCCUCGGGAGGAUCCAGGUCCUACCUGCCAGACCGUCUGCAGAUCGUCAAACCUCUGGAAGGCUCGGUGACUCUGCACCAGUGGCAGCAGCUGGCUAAACCAAACCUGGGAGGCAUCCUGCAUCCACGCCCUGGUGUCCUCACUAAAGACUUCAGAGAGCUGGAGGUGGACAUACAGCACGUUUACAGCCUGAACGACCUGGAGGAGGAUGAACCUGACCUGUCGCUACUCUCUGGAGCACAUGGCAUGGUCUCUCCAUCUGGUCCUAACCCACCUCAGACCUCUCCCACACAUACCAUUACCACCAGCCAAGCCCACCAACCCUCCCUCCUCAUCCCCUCCCUCUCCGCUAGCCUUCACUCUUUCGGCGUGCCAUCUUGUUGGAACUGUGAGCACGUGAGCGCUGUGCCCCCUUCCCAGCAGCAGCAGCAGCAAUUUGGCCCAGGAGGCCAAACCCCCACCACCACCACCACCACCAUCACAAACGGAGCCAUUUCAUCACUGGGACUCCUGCAGCUGCUGCAAGAGCGCGGCAUCUCAGCUUCCACUCGUCCCCACCACAACCCGCCCUGCACCCACCAAACCAGCACCAAACCUUCACGCUCCGCAGCGAACGAGAGAGGUGGAGGCUCACGCGUGGACAAAGAGGGAAGAAAGAACAAUUUCAGCUUGAACUUGUUGGGGAAGCUUCAGAGGCUCGGGCUGCAAAAAGUGGCAGCCUGGGGGAUGAUGGGUCAUGACAGCGCAGACAGACAGCCUCCGAAAGUGUGACGCAGGCUGAUCCACCUCUCACUCCUCUCUCAUUCACCGUAGUGACUUUGCAUCAAGCCAUGUGAUUCCCACUGUGCAGUUAAGGUCCCCGAGCACUGGUGUCUUGAAAACAAAAGCCACAGAAUGUGCUAGAGCCAUACUUUAAGUUGUCUGUAGUGUACAGUACUGUUCUUUUCUAUUGACGUGUGUGUGUGUGUGUCUGCGUGUGUAUCUGUGUAUAUGUGUGAGAGACAUCUUCAUCUCAGGAGCAUCACCUGUUUAAUAGAAACGUGCAGAAACGGUUUUAUGAAACCGUUUCUGCAAAAAAUGAUUAUGAAGGAGAAAAAAACCUUUUUAUACUGUGUUUUGUGGAUGUCAUUUUACAUGUUUUUCCCUGCCUCUGGUUUAAAAAAACACCUUAUCUCCUGUCAUUGUUUUAGUUUCCAAAGUGGCACAUCAGUUUAUGUACAGUAUAUAUAAAACAACUUGUCAUUUUAGGAAAGUUAAAACAAGAGUACAUGCAGUAAAUUAUUGUUAGCUGAAACCACAAACCAAACCAAUGCUGUCACACUGAACAACUGUCAAAUGAACUGAAACACACUCUGGUCUUCCUGCUUAUUAGCUGCUAUAUUGAGAAAAGCAUGUUGUAUAUAUGAUUGUCAAAUAUAAUGAAUUCCAACUUGAGGAAUAAGUAGAUCAAGAAGCACUGCAAUGACAUCGUCCCCAAACCGGGACAGAUCAUGAUGAUACACUGACUGAACUGAAUAAUGUUGACACCCUUUAGCCCCCUGCCCUUCAUCAUUAAAUGUUGAAAUUUCUGACUUAGUGGACUUUAUCCUGAGCGAAACCUCACCAAAAAAAAAAAACAAUUCAGGUGUGACAGCGAAUGAGAUUUUUAGAAGCGAUAUGUAUAUUUUACUUGUUGACUGUAAAAUCUUGUGUUAAUCUGCUGUAUUUCAUGUCAUCAUCAGGCAUUCUGCUGGGAUGUAAAAUCACAAAAUCACAUCGGGCAUUGAGGGUUGAGGGCAGCGUUAAUUUAAAGUAGAAGAGUGGACGUAAUUAUUGAAACAGCAUGUUUUCUGUGAAAAUCUUUCUGAAUAUUCAAAUGUAGCAAAAAGGCAUAGGAUACUGCGGAUUAAAAAGGGAAGAAAUCAUAAACACAAGUUAUGAUAAUCAACCAAACCACUGUUUCUCUGCACUACUGUUUGCUCUGUUCUG